AUGGCAGAAACUUCUGACCAUCCAAAGCCGGAUAUUAUCAACGAUAAAGCCUACAUCUCCAAAAGAAGCAUCAGAAAAAGCUUGAUAAAAAGGAUGCAUUAUGUACCCAUUGCAGUUGAACUUAAUUCUAAUAACAAACGUAAAGGAGCAGGCUCGACUACACACAGUACAGGGGGAAGUCCAUUGUCCCUCAGUUCUACUGUAGAGAUGCUUCAGACAGAUCCAGUUUCCUUUAAUGUCCAGCAGGAUGUAAAUAAGUACAAGGCUGUUAGUGCGAUCCAACAGGCUGGAUCAGAGCCGGAGAAAAUGUGCAGGGUGAAACUUGAAGAAAACAAUUUGGCACCGGUUUCAAAAGUCCCAGAUGCAAAGUCAUCCCAGGAACACAAGCCAGAUCCAAAACAAACAGCCAAGCCACAGUUUAUAUUCGCUGCUAUGAAGAAACGCAGCGUAGAAGGUGACACGGAGAACCGUCCUUACAAGUGUCCUUACUGCAACUGGGCCUUCAAGAAAUCCAGCAACUUGCUAAGCCAUGUGGAGACGCACAGUGGGCUGAAACCACACAUCUGUGAUCUCUGUGGGAAGGCAUACGCACAUCAGGGCACACUGCAGCAACACAAGCGUCUGCACACAGGCGAGCGGCCAUACUGCUGCCCUUUCUGCGACAAGAGCUUCACGUGGUCCUCGGACUAUCGCAAGCACAUCAGGACACACACAGGCGAGAAGCCGUACGACUGCUCCCAGUGCGGCAAGGAGUUUGUACGCUCAUCGGAUCUGCGCAAGCAUGAGCGCAACACACACGCCAAAGACAAACCAUUUCCAUGCAAUGAGUGUGGUAAGACCUUUAACAAACCACUGGCACUGUUCCGGCACGAGCGGACACAUCUGGGCGAGCAGCCCUUCAUCUGCUCCGACUGUGGCAAAGCCUUCACCCUGCCCUCACGCCUCGCCGAGCACAUGAAAGUCCACAGUGGACUGCGUCCAUUCACCUGCCCCAUCUGCCCCAAAGCAUUUACCAAGUCCUCCAACCUGACCGAGCAUCUGAGCGUGCACACGGGUUUCCGCCCUCACACGUGCACCGAGUGUGGGGUGGCAUUUGCCAUGCCAUCACGCCCACAAGUUAAUUUAAGCUACGUUCAAACCCCUGAGUUGCAUAGCAUUACAGCCCAGCAGGACAAACUGUUCUACAUGCCAGGCUCACGUGUUGGAAGCCUGGGCUCACGCAUCUGUGACACAUCGCUAAAUUACACCAACCAGUACUGA